AUGUACAACCGGAUCGGCCUGUCGACCCCCCGGGGGUCCGGGACCAACGGCUUCGUCCAGCGGAACCUGGCCGACACCCGGCGCCGGACCAACGCCGUGACGAUGGCCGACUUCAAUGUGGCGCCGGCCGAGGACCCGCGCAUGCGGGCCCCCGCCGACCCGAGCAUCCUGGAGCACGAGCGCAAGCGCGCCAUCGAGGUCCAGUGCCACCAGCUGCGCGCGCGGCUGGAGGCGGCCCCGGCCGCGCAGCGCCUGUCUCCGGACGAGGUGGACAUGCGUGUGCAGGCCCUUCGUCGGAAGCUCCAGGCCGAGGUGGACCGCCUGCCGAAGCCGACAGCCGGCGGCAAGUCGUACAAGCCGCACGAGUCGCACUUGAUUGCGGCGGCCAAGGUCCGGGACAAUGACCGCUUCGCGCGGGCCCUGCGCCUGGGCCCGCAUGCGCCGGCGCCCCGAGCUGACGCCGGGCCGCGGGAUGGCGGACCCGCGCGCCUCCCUGCCCCGGGUGCCGGGGAUGCCAAGAAGGCUGACCGGAAGAAGGACGACCGGAAGACGGCCGACCGGAAGCGGGACUCCCGCCGGCGGGAUGCCUCGGUUUCGGACGGCUACGACUCGUAUGACUCGUACGAUUCGUACGAUUCGUAUGACUCGUACGACUCGUACGAUUCGUAUGACUCCUACGACUCGUAUGACUCGUAUGACUCCAACUCGGAGUCGGACGCGUCGGAGUCGGAGCGCGAUCGCCGGGACCGCCGGCCCUCCUCCAAGCCCCGGGAUGACGCCCCUGCCGGUGGCAAGGGCGCCUCCCCGCCGCCGGCCGAGUCCGAGUCCGACAUGCUUUCGCGGUGCCGGGCCUCGCCCAAGGGCCGCCGCGGAGAUCGCGAGGAUCGCCAGCGCGACCGCAGUGUUGAGCGUGGUCGCGACCGCACGUUGAGCGCCCUCGCGACCGUAGCCCGCGACCGCAGCCUCGAGCGCAACCGGGACCGUGACCGCCGCGAUGACCGGCACCGCCGCGACGACCGCCCCGCCGACGAUCGCCGCCGUGAGCGGAGUCGGAGCCGCGAGGACCGCCGCCGAUAG